AUGCGCUCGACAGACCGACGCUCCCAUAUGUCCAUUCACCUCCCAUCAUCAUGGCUGGGCUACUUGCUUGCCAUAUCGCUAUGGCUUACCUGCACCCUGGGCAUGCUGGAAAGCCAGAUUAAAGAGCUUCGCUCGACACUCACAACUACAUAUUCCAGAAAAGAAACGGAACAUAUGUUUUUUCACGGGUUUGAGAAUUACAUGAAAUAUGCCUUCCCCGAAGACGAACUACGACCGGUGUCCUGCCAGCCGUUGACACGGGAUCGAAAGAACCCAGCGCAUAUUGAGCUCAAUGACGUCCUAGGGAAUUAUUCCUUAACGCUUGUCGACAGCUUAUCCACCCUCGCGAUCCUAUCAUAUCCAAACUCGACAGAUCUGAACGGCCGCAAGGCGUGGAGAUAUUUUCAGAAUGGAGUGAGAGAUUUAGUGGAAUUAUACGGGGAUGGGUCGGAUGGUCCUAAUGGAAUUGGGUCCCGAAGCAAAGGAUUUGAGGUUGAUAGCAAGGUGCAGGUGUUUGAAAGUGUGAUUCGAGGUCUAGGUGGGCUCCUCAGCGCCCAUCUCUUUGCUGUGGGGGAGCUCCCAAUACGUGGCUAUGAGCCUCCACUGGAGGAGAAGGAGUUUGCAAAACUGUGGAAUAAACCACUGGGUAGUGAGGGCGGAAUUGAAUGGGAGAAUGGGUUCGUGUAUGAUGGACAGUUGCUUAGACUUGCCAGGGAUCUAGGAACGCGCCUCCUUCCUGCCUUCUAUACUCCCACCGGAAUUCCGUAUCCUCGGGUCAACCUACGAAAUGGGGUCCCUUUUCAUCCUAACUCCCCGCUCAACUCUAGAAUAUGGACUGGAUACGACAACAAUGAAGAUUAUGAUGAAGAUGGUCCUGUUGAAAUUACAGAAAACUGCAGCGCUGGCGCUGGAAGCCUAGUUUUGGAGUUUGCUGUACUCAGCCGAUUGACAGGCGAUGGCAGAUAUGAAGAAUUCGCUAAACGGGCAUUUUGGAGCGUAUGGGAUAGAAGGAGUGAGCUGGGGCUCAUUGGAGCAGGGAUUAAUGCUGAGACCGGAGAAUGGACUCAAACUUAUACCGGGGUGAGGUUCUCUUAA